CCAAAUGAAAUAAAAUGGCAAUUGAUGAUGGCAUCCUCACAUCGGCGAGCUGGUAAUUAUCAAAAAGCACUGGAACUUUACAAAAAUAUCCACAAAAAGUUCCCAGCAAAUAUAGACUGCCUGAAAUUUCUGGUUCGUAUCACUACCGAUCUCGGUAUGCCAGAAGCUAAGGAGUACGUAGAUAAGCUGAGUAAAGCCGAACGUGUACGUCAACUAAAAAUGCAACGGGAAUCAGACAGCAGUCAGGGUAAACGCCACAGUGCUCAGUCGUCGUCUCAUAGUUUACCUCAAGGAGGAUCAGGUGAACGGCCCACAUCAUUGAACAGUCUACGAAUGUCAAGUGCUAAGUUCACCUUCGAGGAUCAGCCGUUCACCGUUGCUCCGAGAGACAUGAAGUCAGCUGACCUCUCCUACACUGACCCAGUGGGAUCUGGACCAGCUCGACCGAAAACUGGACAACGGCGAAUGAAAACCGACGAUUCAUUCGAGGAGCUUGACGAUUCCCUACUCCCUCAGUGA